CUAACGUUAGCUGAACAUGCUAACUAACUUUAGCUUCUGCUAGCUGUGAUGGCAGCACCACCACCUAUGAUUUCUGCUGCUGUGUUAAGUCAAAAGCAACGCAGAGCUGCUCUGAGGAAAGAGAGGAGAAAACGGAAACGACAAGCUCUCGCCCAAGAAUGUGGUUUGAAAAAUGUACCAAGCUUCACACCUGAAGAAGGAGAAGAAAUACAUGAUGAAGAGGAUGACGAUGUUGCAGAGGAGGAAAGACUGCGGCUGCAUGAAGAGUGGUUGGAAAAAGAAAGGUUUGCCCAGGAGGAGUUCAGGCUGAGGGCUGAGAGGGAGGAGGCUGCAAGGAAAAGAAAAGAGGAGGAGGAGCGGAUGAUAAAGGAGGAAUGGGAGGCCCAGCAGAAGAAGGAACAGGAAGAAAAAGAGCAGAAGCAGCAGGACAAGCGGGACAGAGAGGAGGCCGUUCAGAAAAUGUUGGAUGAAGCUGAAAAUCAGCUGGAGAACGGACAGCCGUGGAUGAAUCCCGAGGCUCCCGCGACGAAGAACUGCGACAACUUUGGAACAGAGCGCGACGUGGCCAACUGUCCGUUCUUCCUGAAGACCGGGGCGUGUCGAUUCGGAGACAGAUGCUCCCGGAAGCACGUUUAUCCCGCAGCCAGCCCGACCCUGAUGAUCCGUGGUAUGUUUACAACGUUUGGCUUGGAGCAGUCACGCCGCGAUGAUUACGACAUCGACGCUUGUCUGGAACACAGCGAGGAGGAGCUGCAGGAGACUUUCCUCGAGUUCUACCAUGACGUCCUGCCGGAGUUAAAGAGCGUCGGCAAGGUGGUGCAGUUCAAGGUCAGCUGCAAUUAUGAACCUCACCUGAGAGGAAAUGUUUACAUUCAGUUUGACACAGAGGAGCAGUGUACAGAGGCCAUCAUCAAGUUCAACGGGAGGUGGUACGCAGGCCGGCAGCUUCAUUGUGAGAUGUGUCCUGUUACCCGGUGGAAGAAUGCUAUCUGUGGAUUGUUCGACAGACAGAAGUGCCCCAAAGGGAAGCACUGCAACUUCCUGCACGUGUUCCGGAACCCUGGCAAUGAAUUCUGGGAGGCCGACAGGGACCUGCACCUGUCGCCAGACCGCAGCGUCAGGGGGAGUCGCAGAGACGGGUGGCAUUCGGAGCGAUACGGAGACCGAUCGUGGAGGCAGCGUCAGUGCAGCAGGAGCCCGCCGAGGUCCGAGAGAUCCCACAGCAGACGGGACGACGACAGGCGGAGGAGCAGAGAGAGGAGGGCCUCCCAGCGGUCAUCCAGACACAGUGACAGGACCAACGAUUGGUGUCUGAGCAGGAGCAGAGACAGGUCGAGGAGCCGGAGUAGAGACAGGGAGCAAGACAGGCCCAGAAACAGGAGUAGAGAUAAAGACAGGGAGCACAAGUAUAGGAAUAGAAGUGAAGAGAGAGACGGCAGAGACAAAGAUACAGACACGAGAGACAGGUCGAGAAGCACAAGCAGAGAAAGGAAGAAAGAAAGUAGAGAAAGGAGACCCAAGAAACCAGAGAAAAUAGAGAAACCCCUUAAUGAGGAUACCAACACACGCCGGCGCCACAAACAAUCCAAAAAGAGCAAGAAGAAGAGCAAGAAGAAGCACAAGAAGAAAAGCCAUUCGCCUGAAGGGACGGCCUCAUCUGGAGAGUCCGAAAAGGAGAAAGAGUCGGAGGAAGAGGCGUUGGCAAAUCUCACUGCAACGAGUCCCGGUCAGGAGAUAAAGGAAACGGAGCUAAUUCAGAAAAACAAUGACUUGGAUGAGAGUCCGUGUGCUGACAGUGAGAAGUUUAGUCCCGAGGUGGAAAGUGAACAGUCUUAAACAGAAACACCCGGUGAGCCUGCUGGAAAAGGUGACACGAGUCGGUCUGAGUGGCUCCUACAUUUCAAAAAGCUGUGAAUUUGCUCUGGCUUUUCUCUUUUUAACUUUAACUGUGUGAGUGUUUGGAGCCUUGAUGCAGUGAGAUAGCACCCGUCAGUGUGUACAUAUGUGAAUAUUUAGCUUUUGGAAAACGUUGCUUUAAUAAUUAAACGUGAUCACUGGAGCUGCUGCACUACUUGGUUAUUGUUGCUGAGUAAAAGCUAUAUAAAAACAAAA